UAAUUAACAUUCUGACUGCUUUCAAUUUUUUUCUUUUUACCACACACACACACACAGUCAGAGGGAACAGAAAUGAAAAAAGCAACCACUUUUCUCUGUGCAAUGCUCCACUCUCAAUUAUUCAUCUCUCUCAUCGCCCAAUUCUACUCGUACUAGAUUCUUCCUAUUUAAAAAGAAAAAAAAAGCACUAAACUAGAAAACCUAUACAGUCUCACAAUCAAGAAAGCACAUAUGUUAACAUAUAUAUGGUAAUAACAAUAAUAAUAUUAUAUAUAUUUAAUUUCCAGUAUCGUUGAUGGCGGAUGCAGAAAAGGAGAGCGAAUAUUCUCAGUCAUUCGGCGAGAAAUGCAGCCAUUUGGCGAAGAAGCAGCGCGCCAAGUUCUACAUCCUCCGCCGCUGCAUCGCCAUGCUCCUCUGCUGGCACGACAAGCACGACGAUGCUAAAGACCACGACUAGUUUAUGUCGUCGUCUGAGACGGGAUGAAUUUCAUCCCGUCUCCUUCAACUAAUUCUCGGACCGGUAAGUACCGCAGCACUUUUUUUUUUUGGGAUAUUUUUGUUAGGAAAUUAAUUAGUGGUAUGUUAUUAGUGGAGAUGAUCAUUGUAUUAUUAUUUUGAACGGUGGAGAUUGAUUUUGUGAGGAGUACUAAGUGCUCUAUUACGUUAUGUUUCUUUCUAUGUAUGGAUUAUUCAUAGAUAUAUGGUUUGGAUUAAAUUUA